GAUUCUCUCUCUUUCCCCACUUAAUCUCUUCUCACACGUCUUAGAGAGAGAAAGAGUGGCCACCCAAAGCCAAAAACAAGAACCCAGAAACCUAGAAGACAGACAGAAGAAAAGAAACUAAAGCUUUACUGAGCCACCAAGCAACCAAUUACAUAAACUAAAAAAUCCAUAAACCAAAAAUCCAAAAAAUCCCUCAAAGAUUCCAUCUUUCAAUACCUACAAUGAGAAAGCCUAUGCUUUGAUUUUCCCAAUCUUUUCUUUAAAAAAAAACCCCCUAAAGAGUAACAGACCACAACAAUCAAAAGAGCCCACACACGAAAUGGGUCUUUCAAUCUCAUUCCUCAUCACCAUCUUCUUGAUGAGUCUGCUGUUUCCAGAUCUCAAUGUCGUAGAAUCUGCAACAACCGAAUACACAACCUUAAUAUACAAAGGAUGCGCGAAACAGCAAUUCUCAGAUCCAUCUGGUUUAUACUCACAAGCUCUCUCUGCUAUGUUCGGCUCAUUGGUCUCUCAAUCCACUAAAACAAGAUUCUACAAGACCACAACAGGAACAAGCCAAACCACAAUCACUGGUCUCUUUCAGUGCAGAGGAGAUUUGAGCAACCAUGACUGUUACAACUGUGUUAGUCGUCUUCCGGUUCUAUCCGACAAGCUCUGUGGCAAAACCAUUGCCUCUAGGGUUCAGCUUUCCGGCUGUUAUCUUCUCUAUGAAGUCGCUGGCUUCUCUCAAAUUUCAGGGAUGGAGAUGCUGUUCAAGACUUGUGGGAAGAACAACAUCGCCGGAACAGGAUUCGAGGAGAGGAGGGACACGGCGUUCGGGGUGAUGCAAAACGGGGUCGUUUCAGGCCACGGAUUCUAUGCAACUACUUACGAAUCUGUCUACGUUUUAGGACAAUGCGAAGGCGAUGUCGGAGACUCCGAUUGCAGCGGCUGCGUUAAGAACGCACUCGAGAAAGCUCAGGUCGAGUGUGGAAGCUCAAUCUCCGGUCAGAUUUAUCUCCAUAAGUGCUUCAUCGCUUAUAGUUAUUACCCAAAUGGUGUCCCCAGGAGAUCUUCUUCUUCUUCUUCGUCCAGCUCUGGCUCUUCGAAUUCAGAUCCUUCGUCUUCUACAGGAGCAACAGGCAAGACGGUGGCAAUAAUAGUAGGAGGAGCUGCUGGUGUUGGCUUUCUUGUCAUUUGCUUGCUUUUUGCCAAAAACUUGAUGAAGAAGAAACAUGACGAUUAUUGAAGGUGGGGAGGAAGAUAACAAAGGGAGUCUAAUCCCUCAAAAGAGAGGCAGAAGUUUAAUUUUUGUUUUUUUUUUCUCUUUGUUGAGGUGCUUAUUAGAUUCCCUAGUCCAAACUUUUUAAUUUCAUGAAAAUUGUUAUUAUAUUUUAUUUUGUUUUUGCUAGUUCAGAUUCUUGGAGGGAGGGAUAUGUGGUGAUUGCGAGGACCAAAAAAUGUGAAAAAAAGGAUUAUGUUUUUCUCAAUC